AUUUUGGUCGCUCUCUAAUCUAGUCGUUGCUCUCUCUCUCUUUCUGUGCUGGCGCAGGUGGACUUGCCUCAUUUGGACUACUUGACUCGAAGAUUGACCUGAAGGAGUGAACACAAUGGACUGGUGGAUAAAACUACUGGCUUGUCUUGGAAUUGUAUUAGCAGUUUAUGCACAGGAACAUAAUCUCAAUGCGUUGGAUGGAAGUCAGCCUCCAGAACCAAAACUUGUCUGCUACUACUCCAACUGGGCUGUGUACAGACCGGGGUUGGCCAAAUUCACUCCGGAGAAUAUCAAUCCUUACCUUUGCACACACAUCAUUUAUGCCUUCGCUUCGCUUUCCGAAGAUUACCAGAUUCAACCGUUUGACCCAUACAACGACAUCGAACAAGGAAACUACAGGAGCUUCGUCAACCUGAAAAUGUUCAAUCCGAACCUGAAGACGAUGAUAGCCGUUGGAGGCUGGAACGAGGGCUCCAAGCGUUUCUCCAAGCUCGUGGAAUCAGAAGAACACCGACGGAUAUUUGUAUCGAGCAUCAUGACGUUCCUUAGGGUACAUGGAUUCGAUGGAAUCGACCUCGACUGGGAAUACCCGGCCUUCAGGGAAGGCGGGAACUACACCACCGACAAGAAUGGAUACGCCCUUCUAGUCAAGGAAAUUCGAGAAGCCAUUGAAGGAGAAAUAGCUGCAGGAAAAGAGCCGCUGUUGCUGUCCGUUGCUGUGCCUGCUACAAAAGACUACAUCGACCACGGCUUUGACAUCCCUCAAAUAUCAAAGUACGCAGACUUUCUGAAUCUGUUGACUUAUGAUUACCACUCCGCAUAUGAGCCGGAAACCCAUCACCACGCUCCACUUUAUCCACCUGUCGGAAUCGAUCCACUGGACGACAUCAGUCAACUCAAUGUGGCAUGGACUGUGGACUAUUAUUUGACACAAGGUGCUCCCUCCAACAAGCUAGUAGUAGGCAUUCCCAUGUACGGCCGAUCAUAUGCGCUGGAAAAUCCUCAACUAGCUUAUGGAUACGAUGCCCCGGCUAAAUCUCCUGGAGAAGAAGGUUUAGCAACCAGAGAGAAAGGUUACCUCGCCUUUUACGAAGUAUGUCAAAAAGUGAAGGAAGACGAAUGGGAAGUGGAAGCCCCUUCUCCUGACCUCGUGGGACCCUACGCCUACAAAGGAGACCAAUGGGUUGGAUUUGAUGACGAGGAAAUGGUUCUGACAAAGGCUCGCUAUAUCUUGGAAAAGGGACUUGGUGGUGCAAUGGUGUGGACUCUGGACAACGACGACUUCCGAGGACUCUGCACAGGCGAGCAAAACCCUCUUGUGAACACUUUACGCGACGUUUUGUUGAGCUCUCCGCUAGUCGAGGGAGGGUCAAACCAGAGGUCGAUUGCCAGGUCGGCCGGACCAGAACCUAGAUCCGCCGUUGUACGUUUCGAUGAUGAAGGAGUUCUAGAAGAGGAUUCGCCAACUGAAGCACCGAGGAGAAGAAAUACCCUUCGACGUCUCGUUGCUAAUCGACAAUCCGCUCGAAACAGGCAAGCAUCUGGUCGUCGUCUGAAUACUGACGCCGAUGAAAAUGCUCUAGUGAGUCCCUCUUCAACCACCCCUGCACCUCCUCCCACUCCCGAUCCUGGAGUCACUGCUUUUGAAUGCGAAGAUGAAGGUUUCUUCAACAACCCCAAAGACUGCAGAAAGUACUACUGGUGCUUGGAUAGCGGACCGGCCAAUUUGGGAGUUGUUGCCCAUGCCUUCACCUGUCCUUCAGGAUUGCAUUUUAAUUCCGGAUCUGAAUCAUGUGAUUACCCGGAAAAUGUGGUAUGUCCCGUUGGAUCAGCAGGAGUAUCGAAACCUACCGCUAGAGCACCAAAACCGAGAGCGAAGAGCACGACGACCACCACUACUACAACUACCACAACGACUGAGCCUCCAACAACGACCACAGAAGAACCAGAAGAAGAAGAUGAACCAAGCACAACACGGUCCACUCCAGAUUCUGCUGAAAAUGUAGCAGAACUUCUGCGACUCUUGCAAGCCAUCGGAGGGGUUGAACGACUCCAAAGUCUUCUGGGAGCUCAAGAACAGGCGUCCAGCGUCAGGACACAAGAGACGGCUCCCCGGUAUGUUCAGCCCAAAAGGACAAGAGAAGACACAUAUUCUCGUCCAAGUUACCCACAUGCGAUCGAAUCGCCUGCUCGACAACCCCAACCAUCCAUAGAUCCAUACGACUUUGAACUCCCUGGCAAAGUUACGGAGGACGAAGUGGUAGGACGUACUGUUCCUGAGAGCGUAGAGGUGGUUGAAGAGCCUUUCUCAUUCCAGUAUAAUACACCUUCUAGGGUAGCCAACGUCCAGCCAGAGGUUGUGUACGUUGACGAAGAAACACAUCUUACACCCGAGGUUCCUGCUUAUGAAGCUCCUCUUAGGCUUUCCCCUACAUCUGCCCCUUUGCCAACAACGACAACACAAAAGGGCCCCUACAAGACCCCCAUCAGAGUCCAAGUUGGACGCGUAGUCAGGGUUCAAAACGGAGCACCUCAAACUACAGGUACUAACACCGUCGUCGACACAGCAGGUCGCCGGCGCAUGCUAGUCAGAGUCCGCCCCGGAACUCGCGCCCCUGCUGAGGAAGAUGAGCCCCAGCAACCGACCAUGGAAGAACCUAGAACGACAGGAAGGGCAGUGGGUCGAGAUGACAAACGACUCUCUGGAUCCACAUUGCUUGCUACCAGAGCAAAUCCCAUGCCUGGAGUAGGUGCCAACAACGAUAACCUAGUCGCAGUGCGCCGUCGUCCUAUUUACAACGUUGACCGAACUGCAGAAGAACAGAGGGUCGGACAAGGGGUGCGACUGGUGGCAAGGAGACCUAAUGCUAUCCCCGAAGCGGACAGGAACUACGUCACCGUCAGGAGGCGACCGACGACACCAGAGCUUACAUCUACCACUACUCCUCAGCCAACAACAACUACUAGUGAACCUGUUCCUUUAGAGCCAGAAGAUUACCCUCUUCCCACCUACAAUCAGUUUGACAAUUCUUCGGAAAGUUCGCUUUCAGAUGAAUAUGAGGAUGAAUAUGAAUAUGAGGAAUACGAAGACGAUACAACAACUACGACGACUACGACUACGACCACAACGAAGAAGCCAAUUCUCAAGAAGAAACUAACGACUGAGGCUACGGUCCGAACAACUUCACGACAGUCUAGCAGUACCCGUGGGGACACCAACAGAAGAGGCUCCUCCCCUCCCCGGACCACCACGACGAGUCGUCCCCAGUCAGCAGCUGACGACGGACGCUCAGUAGAGGUCCGCUCAGACAGUGAUGUGGCCUGCUUCAAACGGGGCGUCUUCAGGCACCCCUCAGAAUGCAGCAAAUUCGUCGUCUGCGCCCCUGUCUCCCGCAACGGCGACCAGGGACUGAAGGGGCGGGUCCUCAACUGCCCCGCGAACCAGAUCUAUCUGGUUGAUAUCGGAAGGUGCAUGAAGGGAGACAGGAACAAGUGCCAGAAACUCGAAUGAAAGGGAGGCUGUGGUUCGUCAGCACAAACUACGUCAUUGUGAAGACUCGGCAAUCUAAAGCGAAGUAUGGCUCAUCUUUUUGAAAUGAUCGAUAAAUUUGUUUUUUCUUCACAUUCGAGUGAAAGAAAGUGAUUGGCAUGAACUUCAUAAUCAUCAUACGUGAUUGACAGUCCAGGUGUAAGAUACUGCUGUUGAUGGCCACUUUCGAAUGCAAUGGUUGAACGCAGGUUUAAAUCAAUCUUUCACAACUGAUUAUGGAGAGGAAUCGCCUUUCAGGCGGAAAUCCUGAAAAUCAUAUUAAGAAGUAAAAAUUUAUUAGCGAAAAACAGGGUGUUUCAAAUAGUAUCCCACUUUGAAAAGAUGUAACAGCGAAAUCGUGAGAGAUUGAGAGGUGAAGCAAGUGCUAUGUUGGAAUUUAAGUCAAGAAUUUUCGGAUAAGUCUGGAACUUUUUAUACACAUGUUUUCAAAAAUGAUUCAAAAAUUGGACAUUAGAGGGCACUGUAGUCAAAUGUCUUUUUGAUACAUGAAAAUGUGCAGGUCGAAUUCCAUUGCAAUGGGUUCGAUAUGGUCACCUUUCACAGCUGUAACAUUAUGCAAUUGGAAGGUCACAUUGCUGCUGUAAAAGGGUAGCCAUAUCGAACCCUUUGCAAUGUGAUUUGACCUCUGCUCAAUAAGCACACUUUCAUAUACCAAUUAAAAAAUAUUUACCAAUAGCGCUCUCUGAUGUCCAAUUAUUGAACUAUUUUUGAAAACCGGUGUAGUGUAAGAAAUUCCAGACCUGCUUGUGACACAUACCACUUGUUUCACCUUUCUGUCUCUCACGGUUUUGCUGUUAGGUCAUUUCAAACUAGGAACAUAUAGUAAUUGCAUAUAGUGCUUAUCCCUGGCAGCAAUAGAGCUUUUAAUUUCUGCUUUUCGUAGCUGUUUUAAUUUGAUUGAUGAACAUAUGUUAAAAGAAAAGAACAACUGAAAGAAGCAUAAUUGAAACAAUGGUUUUAAAGAGAAAUGUUCUUUCCUUUGCUUUAGGAUUUGUCGAGCUAUCGUGACUUGACUUUUUACAAUGCAGCAGUUUUAAGAAUUCUGCCUAGAAUUCCUUAGACGAACAAUUUCAUGGGUCGUGGCUGUGAAUCAACUCCAUGCCAUGACUUGCAAUUGCUUCCACUGGAUGUCAGAUGAUGGGAUGUGUCAUCGAACUGUUUUAGUGGUUGCUCUUGCGUUAUUCUAGUGACUUGUUGCGAUAUUGCGAUUAGAGAAAAAAGUUGCCAAAAUAAUAGCACUCGUUUGAAUGGAAACGUUUGGACAAUUGCUACCACUUGAAGCCAUGCAGAAGAGGACAUUUCCUGCUUUCAACAAAUGGCAGAUGCAAAAGAAGAAUAGGGAAAAUUGUAUGAAAUAAUUUGUUAUAAAACAUGGUUUUAAAUAUUUUUUUUUAUUGAACAUGAAAAGGAUAAAUGGGUUUAAAUAUUAUUUUUACGAAAAAUAGUUCACAAUUGAAUGUUUUAUGGAUUGAUGUAAAAAGCGUUAUACAGUUGAACACUGAAACUACAGUGAGCACCGAGGGAACGAUGAAUGAGCUCACCAUGAACGUUUCACUCCAGAGAGACUCGACUGCACAUUGAUAUUAAUGCGAACUCUAUCAACUUUCCUUGUUUUGGAAAGCCACUAAAAUUCACUGAGAAUUCCGAAAGCGAUACAAUGUCUCCGGGUCAAUUUAUAUUUGAAAAAGAAAAUCACAUAACGCUGCAAAAGUUAACUGAUUAUUAUUAAAUUUUGAAAAGAGCUAGGAACGUCGACUAGUGAGUGAAUUCUUAAGCGCAAUUUCAUUUUCGAAAAUUAAUAACACAGUUUAAAACUAGUAUUCAACAUUGACAUUAAAAUCAUUUUAACAAUAUAUCUAAUUAUCUUUAAAAAUUAGAACAACCAGUAAGUUAUCACUCUUAAGCCAAGGCUAAGGCAGAACUACUUGCAAUAUACCUACAUCCCGGUUAUAACUUCCAGAGACUGCAGUUUUAUCCCUGAUGGGGACUCAUCAGUCUGGAGUAGAUAUUUAACCAACUAAGCUGGAGGCAGAUAUUUAACCAACCUAUAUCUAAUAAUAAUUUUUAUUUGUAUUAACAGCGUUCUGUGUUGUAACUGUUAAAACGUACUUUUUUUUUCUGCAACAACUUUCUACUUAAUACAGGCUUUUAUCUACUUAACCAUCGUAUUGUGAAGUUUAAACACAGUAAAUAAAAUUUUUUGUUUGAAACUUACCAUUUACACGCGCACUUGUUAAAUAUGCUUCUUCAUCAUUUACAUUCUACUCGAAUACAUUACAUAAAGCACUAAUUUAAAAUGUUAUCUUUUCUAUGUUAAUAUGUAUUGUAUUGAUUGUGAAAAAUGUAACCAAUUUGUUGUAAAUGGUUUCAGGUAUGCAUUGUCAAAA